UAAGUUCAAUGACAGAUGACUAGCGAGUGUGAUAAACACUGGGCACACUAAUGUCCUCAGCGAUGCAUAACAAUCGGAAAGAGCAUUUGUACAAAAUCCUUGUCAUCGGUGAUUUGGGAGUAGGGAAGACCAGCAUCAUCAAGCGGUAUGUGCAUCAGACGUACUCCACUAACUACAGAGCGACCAUCGGAGUGGAUUUUGCGCUCAAAGUUCUCAACUGGGACUCAGAGACGGUCCGGCUGCAGCUGUGGGACAUCGCAGGUCAAGAACGGUUCGGGAACAUGACGCGGGUUUAUUACCGAGAGGCCAUGGGGGCGUUCAUUGUUUUUGAUGUCUCUAGACCCACUACGCUUGAGGCUGUCUCCAAAUGGAAGGAGGAUCUGGACUCAAAAUUAAUACUUUCAAAUGGCCAGAGUAUCGCCACUGUGCUCCUGGCCAAUAAGUGCGACCAAAAUAGAGACUUUCUGACUGACAACAGCUUGAAGAUGGACCAGUACUGCAAGGAGAAUGGAUUUGUGGGCUGGUUUGAGACAUCUGCUAAGGAAAACGUCAACAUUAAUGAAGCUGCCAACUUCCUCGUGAAACACAUAAUUGCCAGUGAGAAUGAUAUCUUGAAAUCAGUGGUUCCAGAUACCAUCUCUCCUCAGCUCCACUCUGAUAAAGAAAUGACUUGUUCUGCAUGUUUCAAACCCUAAGAGAAGGUGGCAGCAAUCUAUGGCAGCAGUAUCGGUAGUCCUGGGAGCCUCAUCCCUCCGAUUCCAGCACUAUGGUCAACCACUGAAGAGCCGCAACCACCUCAGAGAUCUGUCCGUUAGUUACAGACACUUUGAGCUUGAACACAGAGUAAAUGUAUUUAUGUCCGAAGCUGCACUUUUUGUGUUAUUUAUGUCUAACAAAACCUGGGGAUUUUUGGACUGGCAUGCUUGACUGAACAAGGUAAAAGAUUAGAACUUCUUUCUGUCAGACAGAGAUAGCUGUCUAUGCUUUCAGAAACAGAAAGGUUUUAUCAGUAUGUAAAUCAAAAUAUAGUUAUUAUUUCUGGUUCUGGUGGACUGAGUUUUAAUAACCCCAGUGUUAUAUGAAAAAUAACAUUAUACUUGUUUGUCUCUAAUGUCACUUUCAGAAGUGUUUUGCAUCUGCAUUUCAGAUACAUUCCUGAUCUGAUGUCACUAAAAGUUUUAAAGAUAUAUUGCAUUUGGGUUUUGCAUUUGAAACAGGAGGUUAUGGUUAAGUUUCUUCACAAUCACAAACCAGAGUUUGCUACUUGCUAAUUGGUGGCAGGUAGUAUUAUGGGAGGGGCAUGUUCACUCUAGAGCAUUUGAUUGGACAAAAUUAGUGUAGUUCGUGACGAGUCAUCAGUAUUUUUCUUUGGUUUACUCUUGAGCAGUUCAUUUUAAAAACUUAUUUAAAUCUUACUGUUAUUUUAAUGCAACGUUACUUUUGUGAAGGUUGCCAGGAACAUUCACCUAUUUCUAAAUGAAGGUUAUUGAUCUUAUGAACAAUUCAUCCGUGCAUAAGUUUCAGUUAAAUAUUCAGUCUGCCUUCAUCCAAUCAACAACUGAUGGACAGGGCAUUUAACCUCUACCAGUUUACUGUGAUAUUCUGUAGUAUACAUGUUUUACCAUAUUGAAGGUGUCAUGCUAAAAUAAAUUCUUCUUUACAGGCUUUUUGUGGUAUUAAUUUACAAGGAUAUUCUGCAAUAACAUGUAUUUAUAAUCAAGUUAAAUGUCUCUUAAUUGUUUGCGCCAAACAGAUUUCUCAAAUUAUAUCUUUAAAAAGAGAGCUGCCAACCUCUUUCCUCAUCCGCUCUGUCUCCUUGAACAUCCUGGCCCUUCUUAUCUACUGCCAUCCUUCCAUUUCAUCCCAUUUUUCACUCCUAUUUCAAUCUCUGCAUCUCUCAUCUCCUUUGCAGUGAUUCACUGUAUGACUCAUUGACAUUACAUAAAUCUCCCAUGAUUCCCUACAUCACCAUGUGCUUUAUUCAAAUCCUUUAAUGUGUAUAUUGAUCUACUGGCUUUCCAUAUCCAUCUGCACCUGCUGCAAACAGAUUUUAUUCUCAGAUAUUAUUUGUAUCUCUGUGGGAGGUGUUGUGUUAUGGGAUUGUAUUGUAUCAUUAAAUACAGUAUCAGUCCGUGAGCUAUUUCAUCAAGAUGUUGUCAAGGUAUAAAGAAACACUUUGACAUUUGAAAGUCUGUUUUUUUUUUUUUUUUUUUUUUUGAGGUUUUACAGUAUAAUGUAACAAAGAAACAUUUUUAUGCUAUGACAAAUGAAUGAAAAAAACGUGGUUUUAAGUGUACAUUUAUAAUAGCUGAAUACAAUAAAAUCCUUUGUUUUGUUGACUGAC